AGAAGCCUAAAAACAAAUAAAAAAAUGAAUUUACUCUUUUCUAUUUUUGUAUUCUUUGUUAUGUUCAAUCUGUGCUACUCUCGUUAUGGACAACCCAACAGAUACGUUGAUUAUAAUAAUAACUACAACCAACCUCCUAGUAAUAAUUAUAAUAAUUAUUAUAGUGGAGGGAGACAACAAGGAUGGUGGGGGCAGUCAAAUAAUGGAGAAAAUUGGAACCAGCAACGUCCAUAUCAGCCCUAUCAGCAGUACAAUAAUGGAAAUAACGAUGACGACAACCAAUCACAACAACAACAGCCCAUCCCACCACCCCCACAACCACAAACCCGAAAUAGCGAAUCUCAUUCUUCGAUUCCUUUGCCACCUGGAGCACCUGGAACUACCGAAGGGGAUUCAUAAAUAGUGAGAGAAUGAAGUGAAGAAAAACAGCAUUUUAUAAUUAAUUUUGUAAAAAUAAAUCAAAGAAAUUUUUUUAGAAUAAAGGAGUGUUACGACACUUGCGAAUGCGACAAUUGAGGAUACAAAAUAAAAAAUAAAAAUGUUAAAGUGACAGCCCGUUUUGGAAUGCUGUCGGCUG